AAUAACUAGUUUACCAACUUUCUUUAUUUAGCUUAUUCACCUUUUUUCACCAUUGUUUUUUUUUUUCUGGAGAAAUUUUUUAUCCAUAAUCUACUUCCUGCAGAUGCUGCAAGGCUUCCACAUAAUCCAGACCUUGUCUGAGGGUGGCAAUGUAUCCAAACUCACACAACCCGUUUGCAGAUGAUGAAGAGCAUGCCACACCAGCAGCAAAACGCUUUAACUUCGAUGAUGGUUAUGAAGGAGAAAGCACAAUGAACCCAGCAGAUCGACGCCAGAGGCAGCUGAAGCAAGAGGUGAUGCGCACAGCUCACUCUGCCAUGGACAGCAGCAGUCGUUCCCUCUGCCUCAUCUAUGAUUCUGAGAAAAUCGGGACAGAGACAGCAGAGGAGUUGAUUCGUCAGGGUGAGGCCUUGAAGAGGACAGAGAGAAUGGUUGAUAAUAUGGCACAGGACAUGAAGACUAGUCAAAAGCACAUAAACUCUAUUAAGAGUGUAUGGGGAGGUUUGGUUAACUAUUUCAAAGGAAAUUCUGAGCCAAGGCCUCCACAGAAGGAACAACCAGUCUAUGAGGCCAGCAACAGAUUACAGAAUACACUGGCAGAAAGCAAGAAGCAUGAAGGUAAAUAUGAGGCCAGCCAUCCCAACCUAAGGAUACCGGACACAUCUGGUUUUGGAGCUUCAUUUGAUAAUGAAUCAUCUCAAAAUGGAUACUCAAACAAUAUAGAUUUGAAAGCUGCUCAUCAGCAUCUGGACAAUAACUUAGAUGAGAUGUCUAAGGGUCUGAGUCGACUGAGGAAUUUGGGUCUGGGCUUGCAAGCAGAGAUUGAUGAUCAAGAUGUCUUACUGGACUCUCUGAUAAAUAAAGUGGACUCUAUGGAAGGCAAGAUAAGCUCCACCAACCGCCAACUCAAAAAUCUAAAAUGAGAUUAGAGACUGACAUUAAUUUCAUUGUCAUCUAUAUAUUGGUGCAUUCUUGGAUAUUAUUUGACCAUUAGCCAAUUUAACAGUUUUACCAAUUUAAUUAGUGAGUCUUAGCUUAGAUGGUCUCUCCCCACCAUAUGACAGUGGUAUCAGUUUCAGAUGGUGAAGGCUAAUACUUGCUUUUCUGUACCUUCUACUGUUUUCAUAAGCAUCAGUAUAUGCAGAAUAGGAAUGUGAUGAUUCCUCUACAUAUUUAGCUAAAGAGCUUUUUAUUUUUAAUCUUAUUUUUUAUCUUUUAGCCAGAUCACAUCAAACAUUUCACCUAACCUGUGGUUAUUUUGUGUAAGGCUUUUCUAGGCAAGUAUAUGGUCUAUAAAAUGUCUUAAAAUAAAAGUUGGCAAUGAUAUGUUGCAGUAAAUAAAGAAUACCCAUUUUAUACUGUAA